GGCAGCCGCGUGGUCUCCCCCCGGGCCGUACAUCGCAUCUCAUCGCCACAUCUCGCACCAGUAGACUACCCAGCAGCAAAAAUCCAAACGGAGACCGCCGCCGCGACGAAACCCUAAGCCCCCGUGCGGCCGGCGACCGCCGGAGAUGGAAGACCUUCCGCCGGCCCCGCGCCGGCCGCUCUUCGACCUCAACGUCGCCAUGGAGGAUUUCGAGGAGGAGGAGCCCCAGGAGGUGGAGGAGGUCGUCGAGGUGGAGGAAGUAGUUGAGGAGGAGGAUGAGGAGGAAGAGGAACAGGCUCCCAAGGAGAUGAUCAUGGGGGAGGAGACGGCGGUGGCGCCGGCCGAGGAAGAAGACGCUAUUGUGGAGAAGGAGGUCGUGGAGGAGGUGGGGGUGUCUGGGGAAGGAGGGGAGAACGAGGGGAGGAGGAAGAAGAGGAAGGAGUACGAGGUGUUCGUGUUUGGGCUGCCGCGGGGAGCCAUGGAGGAUGACGUCGCGGCAGCGCUCACCGAGGCCGGUGAGGUCGAGGAGGUGCGGCUCGUCCGGGAUCCGGUGGAGCCGCAGCUUAACAAGGGCUUUGCCUUUGUACGCUUCGCCGAGGUUUGGCAGGCGAGGUGGGCUGCCAACGACCUCCGCACGGCCAUGAUCAAGGGAAAAGCUUGUGGAAUAUGCAAGAACAAUGAUAAUGAGACCCUUCAUCUUCGGAACAUUUGCUUCGAUUGGUCAAAAGAUGAUUUAGCAGAGAAGCUGAAAACCUUUGAGUUGGAAAACCUUGAAGAUAUCAAUUUAAUUGAGCACCCGGAUAGAAAGGGAAGAAAUAGAGGCUAUGCGUUUCUUGACUUCAGCUCACAUGUGGAUGCUGUUGCUGGAUUUCUUAAACUACAGAAAAGAGAUUUGUUUCUUGGUACUGAUGUUAGAGCACAAAUAUCAUUUUCAAACACCAUUUCACAAGAUGAUAAGGUUAUGGAGAAGGUAAAAUCUGUUUUCUUGGAUGGCUUACCGCCUCAUUGGGACGAAGACGACGUGAGGGAAAAGUUUGGAAAGUUUGGUGAAAUUGAUAAUAUACAACUUGCUAGAAAUAUGUUUACAGCAAAACGUAAAGAUUUUGGUUUCAUCAGCUUUACUACAAGACAAGCGGCAUUAGAUUGCAUUGAUAUGGUCAAUAAAGGUCGCUUUGGUGAAGGUAGUGGAAAGAUCCGCAUGAAGGCUACUCUACAAAGACCAAAGCCUACUUUCAAAAAGCCUUCAUGGCAAGGGGAUAAUCACAUGUUGGGCGUCAGGAGAGGAUUUAUUGGCAAAAAUUAUGGUGACAGAGAGCCCCACCCUAACAGAUUCAGGCAUUUAGGUCCUGAAAGACAUCCUUAUUCAAAUCAUAGCAACUACCCAGGGAGCAGAAUUCGGGGAGGUUAUGUUGGUAGGUUGCCUCCCAUGGCGGUUGAUGAUGGAGAAAGACCUGUUUCAGUGCGAGAAUACAGGUCUUACUACAGAAGAGAUUCUACAGUACCUGACCCCCGCCAUAAAUAUGGAAGGACACACCCGGGGAGCAGAAUCCGGGAAGGUUAUGUUGAGAGUCGAUAUGAUAAUAAAUAUCCAAAACAUAAGCAUGCAGCAUAUGAAGCAUCAACCAUGCAAGGAGAUGAAUACAGCAGGAGUAAAUAUAGACAUUCAUACUUGGAGAGGGCACAUGAUGAAUCUUGCCCAGAAUGCAUUAGAGGUGAUCAUAACUCAAGUGCUUAUCAGAGUGGGCAUUACUCCAGCGCUGGCAAGGCUGGUCAUCACUACCAGUGUGAGAAUGUUGAUGAAUUUGCUGCAACCAGUGGUGGAUCGGAGAAAGACUACUAUAAUAAGACAGAGCAUGAGCUCACGGUGGCUUCAACUUCUCAAGUAGCACCUCAGCGCAAGGAACCCUACCGCGGGGUGGAACAAGAGUUAUUGCCUUCAAGUCCUGCGAUGUGUAACUGUAGCGAAUGCUACAAGGGGCAGAAGUCAGCAGCAGCCCCUUCAAGCUCUCAAAGCGAGAUAACUAGUCAUUCCAAUCCUCAAGUUGCUGCUCCCCAUCGCCGGAUUGCUAAACCUUUUCAUGACCAGCGGAGCUUUGUUCCUGAUGAGUAUGAUGAGGUAGAGUACACAGUCAGGGAGCGCAGAGGCCGAUAUUUAUCUGCAAGAGACGGGAGGAAAUACUCUAGGCAAGGACGAUAGAGCUUCCCAAGGCUUUGUUAUAGGAUUUUAUUUAUUCAUAGCGUUGAGUUACCUAACUAGCUACCCCAACCUUGUGCAUUGCUCGAGUGCCUUUGAUGCGGACUCAUACAUUCUGAGUUAUGACAUUAUAUGAAACAAUUUUACAUGCCAA